GCCCUGGUGAUUGUUGGGUGUGGAGUCUACUUUCAGGACCUAUAGCUUCUAAUGUGGGCCGGGUGCCAACAGAUGGAGCAGGGGAGGUGGCACAGCAAGAGGAAAUGCUUUGAACUAAGGAAGAGAGACUAUGCUCCCUCCCAUGACCUCCUUCUCCCUCUCAUCCUCCAACAUGAGCCAACACCUCUGUCAUCUGAGGAAGCUGCACAGAAGCCCUGGCUUACACAGAAAAGGUGAACAACUGCUUUGUGAAGCCAGCACAGUCCUGAAGUAUGUGCAGGAAGAUUCCUGUCAGCGGGGCGUCUAUGGGAGACUCGUCUGCACAGACUUCAAGAUCGCCUUCUUGGGGGAUGACAACUCAGCCUUGGACAACGGAGGUGAAACUCAGUUUAAGAAUAAGAUUGUAGGAGAAAAUGAUGUUCCACUUCACUGUGUGGAUCAGAUUUAUGGAGUGUUUGAUGAGAAAAAAAAACCUCUGUUUGGACAACUGAAGAAAUAUCCCGAGAAGCUUGUUAUCCACUGCAAAGAUCUGCGGGUGCUGCACUUUUGUCUGAGGUACACAAAGGAAGAGGAAGUCAAAAGGAUUGUCAGUGGCAUAAUCCAUCAUACCCAAGCUCCUAAACUGCUGAAAAGACUCUUUCUGUUUUCCUACGCAGCUGCUGUGCACAGCACAGCCACUGAUCCCAGGAAUCAUACUAUAAUGUUUGACACACCUAAAGACUGGUCUUGGGAGCUGGAGCGGACCAAGGGUAGUGUGAAGUACAAAACAGUACGCGUAAAUGAAGGCUACAGAAUCUGUGACAGGUUGCCAGCAUACUUUGUUGUCCCCACUCCCCUUCUCGAAGAGGAUGUGCAGCGUUUUCAGGGCCAUGGCAUACCAAUCUGGUGUUGGUCCUGCCACAAUGGAAGCGCCCUUUUGAAAAUGUCAGCACUACCCAAAGAACAGGACGAUGGUGCUCUGCAGAUCCAGAAGAGCUUCUUGGAUGGAAUUUACAAGACCAUCCACCGGCCACCCUAUGAAAUUGUUAAAACUGAAGACUUAUCAAGCAACUUCCUGUCCCUGCAGGAAAUCCAGAAUGCAUACUGUAAAUUUAAGCAGCUGUUUCUGAUAGAUAACAGUACGGAAUUUUGGGACACAGAUAUAAAGUGGUUUUCUCUCUUAGAAAGCAGCAGCUGGCUUGAUAUAAUCAGACGCUGCCUGAAGAAAGCAAUAGAGAUUACAGAAUGCCUGGAAGCACAGAACAUGAAUGUCCUCCUCUUGGAAGAGAAUGCAUCUGACCUCUGCUGCCUCCUCUCCUCUCUGGUGCAAGUAAUGAUGGACCCCCACUGUCGAACCAGGACUGGGUUCCAGAGCCUCAUCCAAAAGGAGUGGGUCAUGGGUUGCCACUCUUUCUUGGAUCGAUGUAACCAUCUCCGACAGAGUGACAAAGAGGAGGUCCCCGUGUUCCUGCUUUUCUUAGAUUGUGUCUGGCAGCUUGUGCACCAGCACCCCCCAGCAUUUGAGUUCACAGAGACUUUCCUGACUGUUCUAUCAGAUAGCUUAUAUAUACCUAUUUUCAGCACCUUCUUCUUCAAUUCGCCUCAUCAAAAAGAUACUAACAUGGGUAGGGAAAGCCUGGAUACACAAAGCAAGCCUUUGACUCUGCUCACCGUGUGGGAUUGGUCAGUACAGUUUGAACCCAAAGCACAGACACUGCUCAGAAACCCUCUCUAUGUGGAAAAGCCAAAACUGGACAAAGGCCAGCGGAGAGGAUCACGUUUCAAAGUAAGAUGUGAAUGUCUUAACCUCCCCCAACAUCAGCUCCUGCAUCCCAUGCAUCAUCAGCGACAGCUUUCUUUGCCACUCACCCAGUCCAAGUCAUCUCCCAAAAGAGGAUUUUUCAGGGAAGAAACAGAUCAUUUAAUCAAAAACCUUCUAGGCAAGAGAAUUAGUAAGCUUAUUAACUCUUCUGAUGAGUUCCAGGACAACUCUCGAGAGUUCUAUGACAACUGGCACAGUAAGCCCAUAGACUACCACGGGUUGUUACUGCCCCAUAUCGAGGGGCCAGAAAUUAAGGUGUGGGCCCAGCGCUACUUACGUUGGAUUCCAGAAGCCCAAAUCCUGGGUGGUGGCAGAGUGGCCACUAUGAGCAAACUCUUGGAGAUGGUGGAGGAAGUGCAGAGCUUGCAGGAGAAAAUCAACGCCAAGCACCACAGACAGGAGGCUGUCCACACACAGGCACCGUGCCUGCUCAGGAACUCUGCCCGCCUGUCCUCUUUGUUCCCUUUUGCGCUGCUCCAGCGACACUCCUCCAAGCCUGUCCUACCCACCAGUGGCUGGAAAGCUCUGGGAGGUGAAGAUGACCUGGCCAAACAAGAAGACGAGUUUGUGGACCUAGGGGAUGUAUGACUUGUCUCCUCAGGGACUGUGAAAGAGGCAUGCCAGAGGGUGGGGCAGUUGUUCCUGGACUGGUGUUGUGGUGUUUGCCCAGUACUAUGUAGGAGAAAGUGGAGGCUCCCAGGAAGAGAGCUGGUUCUCCUUUCAUUCCCAGUCCUGAAAGAUGAUGCAAUUAAAGCUGUGCCUCCAGUACUCAUAGGACGGAGUUCCUGCUUCACCUGCCAUAGGAUUGGAGUCACUUCCUGACACCUGUGUAACAUGUACACAAAUGCCUCACGGCCAGGUUGCUGUGAAAGCUUCCUUCUCUUUUCUGUGCCAAGAUAAUUAUGUAGCCAUUGGGAACAAGAGCAAGGUCAGCUUUAUGUAGUGUCUGUAAAUGGAAAGACGGAGGUAUUAAGAUAUGUGCUUUGACUUAAACCAUAGUGUAUUCCAGCAUCUCCCCCCAUAGAAAAGCUGGAAAAUUCCACUGGUGUUCAUCCUAACAUUCAGUCCCUCCUUCCUGGACUGUAACAAGGUAGGGUGGUGGCAGCCACCUAUCCUCUUUCCUGUGCUGACAUUCCCAACUUCCUUCUUCCUGCUCAGUGCCGUCUGCACUGCCUACCUUGGUGCAAAUUGUCCCAGUGUCUUGCUGCUGACAUAGUGAUUAAACUGGGGAAUCCCUCUGUCUUCCAAGGGGAUCAUCCAUUCCUUGGAGCCCCUCUGAGGCUCAUGGGUUGCCUCUCUGCAACCCCUUAGUUGCUCCCUGCACCUUCCCCCAGUCAUAGACGCUGGGGUAGGCAGGUCACUUUCGAAUGUGGCUUUCACAGCAAAGCAAUCGUAAGUGUCAGAUUCGAUUAUCACGGGAUGCCUCAGUGAUUCAAAAGCCAUAGAAGAAAUUCAACUCUGCCUGGUCACCUUGGAUCUGCUGUUUUAAAUAUAUAUAUUUUUUUAGGGUUUGAAAGUAUCCUUUGUAAGGAUCAUUCCUUUUAUUCUCAAUGGAGCCCUGUCCAACCCCUCAAUAGGCAGGAAGCUAGGAGAGUAGGAGAGGGCAAGGGACCUCAUUUGAGAACAUCUCAAAUGUUUGCCUUUCUACAGUUGCUGUUUUGGAGAGCUCCUAUUGAGGAAAUCUUUCUGUUGCUAAUGGGCAAUGAGGCAUUUUGAAACUUUACAAAGACUUCUUUCUGAUUUGCACUGAGUCAUCUUUUGUACACAAUGACCGUUUUUCCUCUUUUCCCCUCCACACUAACGCACAAGUCAGGUUGGCGUGUUGAUAUGGCAUGUUGAGGGGAGGCCAUGGUUUGUGUUUUGAGGGCCAAAUACAUUCAGUCUUGGUUGCCUUAAGAGUCUUUCAGGUCAGCUCCAUGUUCAGCUUGCCAUAGGGAAUUUUAAAGCAUACAUGUUCUUAGCUACCUUAACUUGCGUUCUAAACUAUCAGUAACCACCACUUCCUCUCUGCCACUACUUCCCAAAUACUCAGCAGAUAACUAUUUUUGUUACCAUAUUGUAACGUGAAUAUUUAUACGGUAGCCUCUACAGUCUUAUGAUUUCCUUUCCAAAAAUGCCUCAUGUGAUGUUUUUUCCUUCACAAGGUAUGGUUUAAAGGCACAAGGUCAUGACCCUUGCUAUAGCAGUUGAAUGUGCAUUGAAAUAUUUUUCUAUUUUUUUAAAUCACAAUAGAAAAGGUAAGCAAGCUGUUGUAACCUGUGUGGUUUAUGACAGUUUAUGUAUUUAUAUUUGAAACCAGAUUUCUAUAACUUGUAUUUGUGUAUAGAACUUUCCAUGGGUUUAUAUAUUGUGAAUUUUUAUCCAAGAUUGAGAUGUGGAUUAUGCUUAACAUUAAAAGAUAAAAUAAGACCAUUUGUUUAAAAUACACUGUGCAAGUUUGGGAGUAUAUAUUAAUAACUUACUGUGUAUAGUACCCGGUGUUUGUUUAUGCCUCCAAGUUUUUACACUGAAGAUAAACUAGCUUUAAUUAAAUUCAAAUAAUCUAAGGGCAUAAGCAGUUAGGCUGAGUCAGUAUAAAUGUGCAGUUUAUUUUCUGGUGUUAAUGAAGGUUUAUUCUCCUGUCUCACUGCGCUGUAGCUGACUACAGAGAUUAAAGCACAACUUAGAACCAUCA